AUGCAAACAGCGCGAAUACAAAUACGCAUUGCCCCAUUUCGAAAUCCAUAUACAGAGAUCAUUCAAACUUCCAUUCCAAUGUCGAUCCACGACUUCUCAUCAUCUACCCCAGUGGUUGUCACAAGAAUUGUGAACGCCGAUAACCUUGAACACGAGUUUGGUAUAAUUUCAUCUAUCGUCGACGAUUACCUUUUCGUUUCAUGGGAGACGGCGUUUUCCGGCGUCAUUUUACGUUCAGAAGGCGAUAACGACGGCAGCUUCCGUCACGAGAAUAGUUCCCAACUCUACGACCAACUGAAAAGGACUGUCGAGGCUUAUAAACCUAUUCAGUUAGGCCUCACCCUCGCCGAUGCCGACGGGAACCUCCCUCAUCUGGACAGCGGAAAUCUUUAUGUCUGGGAAUUCAACUUGAAGGAUUUUGAUCCGGCGCGUGACCUACACACCGCAGAGUGUAUCGAAUCCUUGAAAGGAAAAGGCGUCGAUUUUGAGAAGAAUCGUGACUACGGGAUAGAUUCCGUGAAAUUCGCUGAGCUACUGAUGUCAUCUGGGUUGGUCUGUAACCCCGAGGUGGUGACCUCGGUGGCGUUUCACAGUGCUUAUGAUUUCGGCUACUUGUUGAAGAUGCUCACCGGUAAAGCUUUGCCGGAUGAUUUGCCCCAAUUUCUGCUUCUUUUGGAGACCUUCUUUGGGCCUAAUGUGUAUGAUGUUAAGCAUCUGAUGAAGCACUGCGAAGGUCUUCAUGGUGGAUUGGAGCAGGUGGCUAAGACGCUCAAGGUGGAACCGGCGGCCGGAAAGUUUCACCUCGCCGGGGAAAAUAGCUUGCUGACAUGGAACAUCUUUCAGAAGAUCAAGGAUCUUUGCGGUGGUGAAGUCGAGAAGUAUAGUGGCGUUAUCUAUGGAUUAGAGCCUUUCUGA